GAGGGGAUCGUAGAAAGAGCUAGGCUCAGGCUAGAGAGGAGCUACUCAACAAGGCAAACAGCAGCUCUGCGCGAAGACGAGUUUUACCCAUCCGCAUCCAACAUCACCAACGGGGGCCAACGGACGACGUUUAAAACCUGUCAGAUUUUCUUUACAUAAAUGUUCCUAUGGAUUGCUAAUACACUUUCGUCGAAAAACACAAGUGUUUCUCAACUUGACGGCAUAGCCUCCGAUUCUUUGCACUGGUCGCCUAGAGGACUCAUAGAGAGAUGAAGACUCUGGAGGAGCCCCCCUACCUGACAGUGGGGACGGAUGUGAGCGCCAAGUACCGAGGGGCUUUCUGUGAAGCUAAGAUUAAGACUGCCAAGAGGCUAGUCAAGGCCAAGGUGACCUUUAAACCAGAUCUGUCCACGGCUGAGGUUCAUGAUGAAAACAUCAAAGGGCCUCUAAAGGUGGGUGCUGUUGUGGAGGUGAAGAAUCAGGACGGAGUUUACCGGGAGGCCACGAUCAAUAAGCUGACCGAUGCUAGCAUAUAUACUGUUGUGUUUGACGAUGGCGAUGAGAAGACCCUGAGGCGUUCGUCUCUCUGCCUGAAAGGAGCGCGUCACUUUGCAGAGAGCGAGAACGCUCGACAGACUCCCUCCACCAACACCAACCCCGAGCACUUCGGCACACCUGUCAUCGGCAAAAAGGGCAACCGCGGCCGACGAUCGAACCCCAUUCAAGAGGAGGAGUUGUCUUCAUCCUCCAGCGAAGAGGAGGAGAGCGAUCAGCGGCAGAAUGAAGAUCUGUUUGGCAAAGUGGUCUGCGUGGAGGGGGUCGCCACCGGGGACAAGAAGAAGACUACGUGGUACCCUGCUCUGGUCAUCUCCCCGGACUGCCACGAAGACAUGACUGUGAAGAGGGACAACAUCUUCGUCCGCUCUUUCAAGGAUGGAAAAUUUUACAUGGUGCUGCGGAAGGACGUCCGCGAGAUGAACAGCGAUUGUCCUCCGAAAGCCGACGCGGGGCUCAAACCCGCUCUGGACGCGGCCUUGGAGUUCCAGCAGCAGUUGGUCGUGCCGGGCGCCUGGAAGACGGAAGUGAAGGAGGAAAGCUCCAGCAGCGAGGAGGACGACGACGACGAAGAGGAGGACCAGGAAGAGGAUGCCAGCGGUGAAGAGGAGGAGGAGGAGGUGGAGCCGUUCCCGGAGGAGCGGGAGAACUUUCUGCAGCAGCUGUACAAGUUCAUGGAAGACAGAGGAACUCCCAUCAACAAGCGGCCUGUUCUGGGCUACAGGAACCUGAACCUGUUCAAGCUCUACAGGCUGGUGCAUAAACUGGGAGGCUUUGACAGUAUUGAAAGCGGCUCUGUUUGGAAGCAGGUUUAUCAAGAUCUGGGAAUCCCUGUGCUCAACUCAGCCGCUGGCUACAACGUCAAAUGUGCUUACCGCAAGUACUUGUACGGGUUCGAGGAAUACUGCACCUCCACUGCCAUCACGUUCAGGAUGGACCUCCCUUUGAAGCAGGCUCCUAAGGCGGAGGUGAAGUCUGAGGAGGAGGCAGGAGGAACAGCUCCCGCGUCGUCCGUCUCAGAAGAGCAGAAAGCCAAAACGGACGCGGAGCCUUGCAGCGCACAGCCCACAAUCUGCAAGGAUGAGAAACCCGAUUUGACCCGAAGCAAAAUGGAGUCGGAAACGUCGAAAACCGACCGAGAGGAAAGCGGAAACGAGGAAGACGACGACGACGACGACGAUGACGACGAAGAAGAAGAAGAAGAAGAAGAAGAAGAUGGACCCCACAAGGGAGACGCAGACGAGGGCUCGUCGACGGCUCGCCUCGGAGCCGACAGCGUGAAGCAGGAGGGAGACGAGGAGCAGGAGAGCCAGGACAACUCUGGGGAUGACAGCAGUCAGGAGGGGGAGGAAGGGGAGGAGUUUGAGUGUUACCCCCCGGGGAUGAAGGUGCAGGUGAGGUAUGGGCGAGGCCGCAAUCUGAAGACGUACGAGGCCACUGUGAAAGAGGCAGACGUGGAGGGGGGAGAGGUGCUCUACCUGGUGCACUACUGUGGCUGGAACGUCAGAUAUGAUGAGUGGAUCAAAGCAGACAAGAUUGUGCGCCCCGCCAAUAAGAAUGUACCAAAAAUAAAGCACCGCAAAAAAAUAAAGAACAAAGCUGAGAGGGAGCGUGACAGGUUGGAGAGGCUCAAUGACAGAGAAGUCCUCGGCCCCGCGUCCAACACUAACCGCGUCCCACGCUCCAAGUGUGGCCUGAGCCAGGAUGUCUUUGCCAAGAUGGACGAGGGUGAGGACAAAGGGACUCAGCAGUCUCCAGUCAAGUCUAUAGAAAUUACUUCUAUCCUCAAUGGCCUGCAAGCCUCUGAGAUGUCCACCGACGAAAGCGAGCACGAGCAGGAGGAUGAGGAGGGGGAGCAUAAUGAGGGAGACCGGCCGGGUUGCCGUGGCAGCCUCAGAAAGGGCCCGCACGAGCCGCCCCAAAUAUCAGAGCGCUGGGAGAGCGGGGCGCCCUCUGAGGCACCCAAACCUCCUCCGGCCUCAGCAAAGAGUCAGGAAGUGGUCAGCGCGGAGAGCGCGGACGCCGGGAAGCGCCGAAGCCAACCGGAGUUGGAGGGAGAGGCGAGCACCAGGAAGAGGAAAGCAGACGGUGCAGCAGAGAGGACCCCUAGAGGCCAAUCCAAAGCUAAGACCAGGAGCACCAGGAGCGCUGACUGGCUGCCUGGGGGCUCCCCCAGGAAACUGGAGGAGAGAGCAGCUGGUCCCGGAGAAGACAGGGGGGCGUCAUCCAGCAGCAGUUCAGAUGAGGAGGGCGCGGCGCCGCCGGAGUCCCAGACUGAGGAAGGUGAGCGAAGUCGCCCUAAAACCAAAGGUUCCCCUUCCAAGAAGUACAACGGGAUGAAGGAGAAGAACAAAGCCAGCAGACAAGCUGGCUUCUGGGACAUUCCUGAAAAGAAGCCCAAAGUGUCGGGGAACGCAGAGGAGAGGGCUGCCGUUCGCCCCAAAGGCCAAAAGGACGUGUGGUCCAGCAUCCAGGCCCAGUGGCCCAAGAAGACUCUCAAAGAGUUGUUCUCCGACUCAGACACGGAGGCCGCGAAUUCUCCUCCGCCGCCAGUGCCCUCGUGCCUGGAGGAGCCCAGCGCUGCACAGGACGCCGGAGCUGAGGACGAAGCCUCGGAGGAGCCCGCGGAGAACGACAAGCUGCAGGAGUUUCCGAGCAGCGGCAGCAACUCCGUGCUCAACACGCCGCCAACGACGCCUGAGUCGCCCUCAGGAGGAGGCAGUGUUGUGGAAGACUCCACUCAAGUGCAGCCUUCCUCCCCGCCGCCGUCCCUACCCCCCGCCAUGCCUUCAGAGCCAGCGUCUGACGCUCUUCCCCCAGGACCCACGCAAGAGGAGGUGGCAGGCGGGCGCAGCGAGACGGACAGCAGCACGGUGGAGGUCGAGAGUCUGGGCGGGGAGCUGCAGGAGCUCCCUCAGGAGGAAGGGGCAGGUUCCCCCUCGAAGGUGUUCGACGUCAGCCUCUUGUGCAACAGCAGCAGCAGCUGCAGCCUCGAGCUGAGCAGCGGCAGCCAGCAGGAGAUUGAGCAGAAGUCCAAAGUGUCUGCGAGUCAGAAGCGGCAGAAAGAAUCACAGGCAGGUGGAGCCUCAAAGAAACACAAGCCAAACCGCAAGAGCCUAGGUGUGCCUCCCAAAAAGAAUAGGAAAACAGCCAACAGCAGUGACAGUGAGGACCAGUCUGUUGUUGAGGGCACUGCCAAAACAACUGCCUCUAAGAACAACCCAUCUGACCUGAAGGCUGCCACCUCGCCCAAGUGUCACGGACGAUCUCCGCCUUCGAGCCAUAAGUACCACAAGCAAGGUGACGUAGAUCACGGCACGCAUCGAGACCACCACGGAAGAUCGCCACGUGUCUACAAGUGGAGUUUCCAGAUGUCUGAUCUGGAAAAGAUGAGCAGCCUGGAGAGGAUUUCUUUUCUUCAGGAGAAGCUGCAGGACAUCAGAAAUCACUACCUCUCCCUCAAGUCUGAGGUGGCCUCUAUUGACAGACGACGAAAGCGCAUGAAGAAGAAGGAGCGGGAAAGCACAGUGGCUGCUUCCUCGUCGUCAUCCUCCUCCUCCUCACCGUCCUCCAGCUCGCUGACUGCGGCGGUCAUGCUGACGCUGGCCGACCCCCCGGUAUCAUCCUCAUCCUCCUCAUCUCAGAACUCUGGGGUAUCAGUGGAGUGCAGGUGACAGGACGAAACCAGCAAGGAGCCACCGCACUAAGCACUUAACCAGCACCCUGGGGUCGCCCGCCGCCCUCUCUCCAGUCGGCCGGGGGGGGGCGGUCGAAUCAACCUACAUACUGUAACUACUGGGGCACAAAAACCAGACCAGAGACAAAAACAAGAAACAAGCACUAUUUUUUACUGACAACUGUUUCCUUGGCAAGCUAACGGCACUUAAGUGCACUUUUAUGAAGAUUGUGUAGGGGGAUGAAAUUUGUCAAAAAAAAAUAUACGCAAUUGUCUUUUGCGCUCUUCUUAAUUGAAUAUUUACAAGAAUUGUUUUUUGCAAGCAAUAAUUGUUAAACGUUGUAUUGGUAAGGGACAAUUUCCAGUGAUGAUCCCUCUGUGAUCAAGCUUGUGCUUGCCGCGUUGUCACGGGGAAUUCAGAGGAACACUGCCACAUUGGCAUUAAGGGCAUACGAAAGGUAACUUUGCCACGUUUCUCUGUCCACCUUCAUUUAAAAAAAAUAAAUAAAAAUAAAAAUGAAAAUAGGCCUUUAUGUGGUUAAACCUGAACGGGGUUGACGAGGGUCCUCUAACGUACAGGCAUGUGGUCCUGUACAUGUUUGAGUGAUAGAGGUGAUUAGGUUUCAGACCAUCAUAGGUUCACUGACAGCCUCAGUGGAUGAAUAUGGAAUGAUACUGUAGUGCCUUUUUAUUCUUCUCCAUGGGGCACUUUGAGAAAGGACAGCACUUCUUUUUUUUUUCUUUUUUAAACCUGAUCCUCUUCUCAAAUCAAAGGGUCACUGAAAUUGCGUGUUCCUUAUGUAAAAGUCCGAGGAAAUCUGUGUGCGUGAGCAGGCAGUGAAGGGCUAAGUCUGACAGGUGAAAUGGAUGUUAUCAGCGUCUGGGUCUAGUUAAGAAUUAUAAUUGUAAAAGCAGAACUCCUGAACUGGAUCACAUGUAAUCUACUACUGAAUACUCAUCCAGCUUGUUGAGUUUGGCAGUAUAAAAUGUGCAAUGAUGGAGGAGGAGGAGGAGGAGGUGGUGGUGGUGGUGAAUGCAAUGGUCACAUUACUUCAUCAUAGUUCUUAAAGCCCAUCCGCUUUAUUUGGUUACGUUUUCAUCACCCGCUCUGUCCCAUCGUCCUUCGCUGAAGAUUCAUCGAUGCACAUCUGCAGCUGGAUCAAGUUAACUUGAAGUGCAGCCAUAGGAGAUGCUCGCAGUACGUUUCUCAGUACUCAGUUCACACAUUCGCAAUGUUUCAAACUACGUGAAGUUAUUUAAGUUCCAUUUUUGCUUCAGUAAUUAAAGCAUAAUUUCAUUCUUGGCAUUUGACUCGCAAAUCAAAAGCGGCACGUGGGCUUUCGUCUCAUACUCACCCCUACCAAAAAAAAACUUUGGUUCUGUUUCCUGUACUAUGACCACAAUAAAGGUAGAGAUAUUGUAAAUGUGCAUUUAUAUCAUAGAGUGACGUAUGUGUAUACAUUUCUGAAGACAUCUCCAGUGUUUCCUUUGUAUAGACCCCCUACUGUAUGAUAACCUGAAGUUACAUUUUGUUUGGCACUUGUAUGUAAUUGUAUGCUUUUGUUAUACAUUUGUAUAUUGAGAAGUGUUUUGAGUCAAGCUAUUUAAUAUCUCGCACUGUUAAUAACAUGUACUUUUCUGUACAGACAGUUUUACGGUUUUAACUGUAGUUAGAGUGUAAAUACUGAGGGUUACAGCAUGUUUGUCCCCCCCACCCCCUCCUCCCCUUUUGUCCUCUUUAUCUCAGUUCACUUGAGUUCUUUUUGUUGUUGUUGUUUGGCCUAUUUCAUCAGUUUAAGUAGCUUUUUCUUAUUUUUUUUUUCUUUUCCUUUUUUAAUUUCACGUUUGCUUUAGUUUGUAUUCCGUUUUGUUUUUUCUGUAGCUUGUGCUCUUAAAGAGGAGAACGGUGGCGAACCAUGCGGCUGAUUUGUUGUUUUCCGAACCUGUACGUGGCCUGAAGCUGAAGCUGUGCGAACAUGUAUAUGGAAAACAGUCCGCGUUAUAGAUAAAGAGAGAGCAAUGGAGCUUAUUGAAAAAUGCUCAAUAGUAUUUAUUAGGCUCAUCUGAUGAUGGUCAGUGUGUAAUUUAUUGUAAAAAUGUAAGCAAAGCAGAAGCCUCUGUUUGAAAUAAAUGCCAUAGUUUGUGAAGUA